UGCAGCCACCGGAAACGCUAGAUAAAGCCGAGGCUGGAAAGUGCGUCACACAGCUGAGCUGCGGAGAAUAAACGGAACCUGCAGUCUAGCGCCGCAAGUCCCCCUCCCCUGUUAUUUUUGUUUGCACAAGAAAAACCCAAGCUGACGUCUGUUCUUCCAGCAUGGUGAAGAUCGCCUUUAACUCGGCUCUGGCGCAGAAGGCGCUGGGCAAAGAGGUGCCAGCCGCUGUUAAGGACCCUGAAGUGGCCUCUGCUCCAGUGGGCGCCGAGGGCUCCACAGGUCGCUGCCUGCUCACCUUGUUAGGCAUCGCCUUCAUCCUCAGUGGGCUCAUCGUAGGGGGGGCCUGUCUCUACCGAUAUUUCACCCCAAAGAGGAUGUAUCAUGGCGCGAUGGAGUUCAGAGACGUGUCGUCCGGAGCAGAGAGCCAGCCUUACUACUUGCCGCGAGUGGAGGAGGAGGUGGAGAUCUCUGACAACAUCGCCGUCAUCAGCGUCCCUCCUCCCCGCUUCAGGCCCGGAGACCCCGCUUACAUCCUGCACGACUUCAACAGGAAGCUGACGGCCUAUCUGGACCUGACUCUGAGGACCUGCUUUGUGAUUCCCCUGAACACCUCAGUAGUUCUCCCCCCUCAGGACCUCAUUGACCUGUUCUCACAGCUGAUGUCUGACUCUUACCGCAGCUACCUGGUGCACGAGGACCUGGUGGUGACGGAGCGCAUUGAUGAUGUCAAACCCCUGGGCUUUUAUAUCCGCCGUCUUUGUGAUGGAAAAGAAACGUACAGAAUGCAGCGCCGUGCCAGCCUGCCAGGUGGAGGCAUCCAGAAGCGCUCUGCGGACGAAUGUUUCACCAUCCAUCACUUUGAGAACAAGUUUGUGACUGAGACCCGCAUCUGCAAGGCUUAAGCAUGAAUAUGGGUCAUAGAGAGCGAGAGAGGGUAGGUGGGAGUGGGCGGUGAAGGGAACAGCAGAAAGUUACUUCUGUACAAAACUCUUUCCAGUUUUUGCCUCCCCUGCUUUUAAUCUAGUGUUGAGUGAAUUUAAGUUGCAGCAUUAGAGCCUAGCCCCCUUCUCCUCUGAUGUACUCCCUCGAACCCGUGAUAGGUCACAAGUGCGUAAGUAUUCAUUAGCUAGUCUUGUACUGGUUAUUACUUUAAGUCAGUAAGCUAAAGUUAGAUAUACAAGUUUCAUUUAUUACGUUGCUUUCUGUUUUGUUGCUGUAGUUUCCUGCAGACAGAUCUUAUUGAUGUUACUAUAUAACGACACAUCCGCCUCAUCCAGAGCAGAGCUAUUAGUCAUCCUACUGAAUAUUCUAGUGAGAUCAUAUUAGGCGUGUGUUGCGUCAACCUCCUGUCGCCGCUCUGACCCGGGUGCACGGUGCAGGUUCGACCAGGUAUUUGUAUUCUGUUACAGCGUGAUAUAGCACAAGUCAGCAUGGAGAUGUCUGGUACAGUAUACGUGUAACAUGCUUGUCCAUGGAUGGUAACACAACGCUCUCAAGUCACCAAUGUUUGUAGAUAUCCCCCACAGUGCUGCUGUGUGAUAACUUUAGUGUUUCUGAUGGUCUCAUACCUGAUGGGAAACAGUCCAGCACCCUUACAAUAUAUGACCAGUUUUUGUGUUUGUGUUUCAAGCUUCAUGCGUGAUCCUUAACCAGAGUGAUGAGCUAACGAUGAAUAAGCUAAAGGGAAAUUUCACUUAAUUUGACUUGAAAACAGUCGGUUAUCUAAUUUGACUAUUAUGUAUCCGUAGUGUUAUAACACGAGAUGGCUCCCUGUGAUCUUUACACACAUCGUGUGCUUAAAUGGAAAACAGUCGUCCUUGAUUUCUGAAGUCUGUCGAGCACAUUUUAAGUCAUUUUUUAGUAAUUUCCUACUUGAUGCCUGCACACAGAGACAAUCAACAGGAAGUGUGUUUGUAAAGAUGGGGUUUCUGUCUCUGCUUUUUAAUUGAAUACUAGAAGAUAUUAGGGGGGGAAACGCCCAAUGUUGUGUGCAACUACUGAACUGAACUCCACUUUGUUGUUUGAAUAAAGUUGCAUUUGUUUACCUACUGAA